CGCGCUGUCCUUAGCCCGCGCACCCGGAUGUGAGUCCCUUUUGCUCCCCCGGAAGAUGGCGGGCGAGAAGGCGCCGGAGAAGAAGCCAGCUGAGAAGAAGAAGCCGGCCAAGAAGAAGGCAGGGGAGAAGAAGCCGGCGGAGCAGAAGCCAAGCCAGAAAGCAGCAGGGGACAAGAAGAAGAGGGUGAAGAAGUACCAUGCCAGCCGUAACCCCGUCCUGGCCCGUGGCAUCGGGAGGUAUUCCCGCUCAGUCAUGUAUGCCAGGAAAGCCAUGUACAAGCGCAAGUAUACGGCCCCAGAGACAAAGAUAGAGAAGAAGAAGAAGGAAAUGCCCCGCGCCACCAUCACUAAGCCAGUGGGUGGAGACAAGAAUGGAGGCAGCCGGGUGGUUAAAAUCCGGAAAAUGCCCAGGUACUACCCCACGGAGGACGUUCCCCGGAAGCUGCUGAGCCACGGCAAGAAGCCGUUCUGCGAGCACAAGCGGCGCCUGCGGGCGUCCAUCACCCCCGGCACGGUGCUGAUCCUGCUCACCGGCCGGCACCGCGGCAAGCGUGUUGUGUUCCUGAAGCAGCUUGAUACUGGCCUUCUGCUUGUUACAGGCCCCCUGGCUGUCAACCGUGUCCCCCUGCGCAGGGCCCACCAGAAAUUCGUAAUUGCCACGUCCACAAAGGUGGAUCUCACUGGGGUGAAAAUUCCCAAGCAUCUCACUGAUUCCUACUUCAAGAAGAAGAGGCUGCGGAAGCCCAAGCACCAAGAAGGAGAGAUCUUUGACACUGAGAAAGAAAAAUACGAGCUGACGGAGCAGCGCAAGACAGACCAGAAGGCCGUGGAUUCCCAGAUCCUGGCACGGAUCAGGAAGGUGCCUCAGCUCCGAGGGUACCUGCGCUCCACGUUCUCUCUCUCAAAUGGAGUUUAUCCUCACAAAUUGGUGUUCUGAGCCUUCUGGAAGCACCACAUUAAACUCCAAGGGAAAAAAAAAAGUGAGGGUUUGUGGUGUGUUCAUUGCAGUUUGUAACAGCAGGUGUUGCACGGCUCUUGCAGUGCUUGUUGCUGUGGGGUGAAACUCUGAGGGGCUGUAGGUAGUGACCAGAAUUUGGAGUGUACAAAGUUUGGGGUGUAGGAGUUUCGGCUGUUCGAGUUUUGUGGUGGUUGUUGGAUUUCUUUCAAAUACUUUUAAUAUAAACAGGAAUUCAGCUUUCUUAACUAUGAGCGAGCUGGGAAGGGAUCCUGAACAUAUUUUGCUUUGGGAAUAGCAGCUAAUGCUGGGCUGACACAGUGCAGGAUAAAAUAUUUCUGUGCUGAACCUCAGCAAAUAAAUAACUUUAUGGAGGUA